AUGAACCAUAGAAGAAACCUUUUUUCACGAAUCGUCGUCGGAAUUAUUGAUACCGGCGUGUUCCUAAAUCACUCCGCUCUUUCUCCCGGUUACGCGGGCGCCUGGGCUGACAAUACUGACGAACCCACGGAUGAAAAUGGUCACGGGACCCACUGCGCUGGGGUCAUCCUCGGACGAAAACAGGGAAUCGGGGUCGCCCCCGCCGCCAGGUGGAUAGCUUGUCGUGGAAUUAAUCAUCAAGGUUUGACGACGGAAUCUGCGUUAACGACUUGUGCCCAAUUUAUGAUCACGGCACAGCCAAGACCACACAUUGUUUCGGCCUCUUGGUACCAACCUUUCGGGUCUGGUUGGUUCAACAGCCAGAUAUCGGCGUGGCGAAGUGCAGGAAUCAUUCCGGUGUUUGCCAUUGGCAAUUCGGGACCUUCCUGUGGAACAACAGUGGAUCCGGGAAACCAACCGAAUUUGAUUUCCGUCGGAGCCACGACUGAUACAGAUGAAUUGUCGCCGUUCUCUUCGAGAGGACCAAGUCCAUCUGGAGGACUUAAGCCACUAAUUUCUGCGCCAGGAAGUGACAUCUUUUCUAGCUGGAAGGCUCCUAAUACGUACAAAUUUUUAUCGGGGACUUCACCGAUAAUUCGUCUUCUAAAGGCUGCACCCCACGUGAGUGGAGCCAUUGCUCUUCUACUUUCUGCACAUCCGACUUACGGCUAUGACGAGGUGGUUGACGCCAUUUCUAACUCGGCGUUCCAUCCCCCACUUUCCAAUGAAGAUAGAACUUGUGGUUUAACGGGGGCUGAGGACUUCCCCAACAAUGCAUAUGGUUAUGGACGUAUCGAUAUCGCUGCUGCUCUUGGACUUUAA